GCGACGCGUUUGCAGCUCGGCGACGCCGCUCCCAGACCCGGCUUCCGAACUAAUCCUUCGCGGGAUCGAAUUGGCUGUUCGGCAGUCAUACGCACCGCGGCCCGCUUGCGGUCAGACGAAUCAGGGCCCUACCCGGCCGCCGUAGCCACCUCUCUGUAGUAGGCGGGGCCGAGGCCGGGGUCACCCCGCCGGAGCCACCUCUGCCAGCAGCAUGUUCAAGUGGGUUGCCUGGGCAGUUCUGCUGGCAUCUCCCAGUGGCUGAAUUCAGCUGGUGCUUGGACUAUAAGUUGGCCUUACUGUCAUGUAUGGGAGCUUGGUGCCCCUCAUUGUGCCUACCUUGGGCUUCCUCACAUGGUCACUGGGUUCCAAGAGGGUAAUUCAGAGGGCUGUGGGGCCGGCCAGCCUGAGUCUGCUCACCUUCAAAGUCUAUGCGUCACCUAAAAAGGACUCACCUCACAAAGCUUCUGUGAAGGUUAAUGAGCUUUCACUCUACUCCGUUCCCGAGGGUCAGUCUAAAUAUGUGGAAGAGCCAAGGACCCCACUUGAGGAAAGCAUUUCACAUCUCCGACAUUAUUGCGAGCCGUAUACAAGUUGGUGUCAGGAAACGUACUCCCAAACUAAGCCCAAGAUGCAGAGCUUGGUUCAAUGGGGGUUAGGCAGCUAUGACUAUCUCCAAAAUGCACCUCCUGGAUUUUUUCCAAGACUUGGUGUUAUCGGUUUUGCUGGCAUUGUUGGACUUCUUUUGGCUAGAGGCUCAAAAAUAAAGAAGCUGGUAUAUCCGCCUGGAUUCAUGGGACUUGCUGCCUCUCUUUAUUACCCACAACAAGCCAUCGUAUUUGUCCAGGUCAGUGGGGAGAAAUUAUAUGACUGGGGUUUACGAGGAUACAUAGUCAUAGAAGAUUUGUGGAAGGAGAACUUUCAAAAGCCAGGAAAUGUGAAGAAUUCACCUGGAAAUAAAUAGAAUGCUGCAUGCUCUGCCCAUUUUAAUCAGUUAUAGGUAAACAUUGGAAACUCCAUGCAGUAAACCAAUAUUUCUACAGAAAAAUGGCAGAGAAGUCAGUACCGAAUGUAGUAAAUUGGCUUUCUUCUUCAGGAUAAACUAUGCUAGGCUUCUUUGUUAUCUUGGGUGAUACCAUACUACAAGUGGACUAAUCGGAAAUCCUUUCACCUAGAGAGAAUGUCUAGCCUUAGAACUCGUUCUCAUGUUGCUAUUUAUGUACAUAAUUAAAAUUCCAAAUUAAAAAAAAA